UGGAACUUGAGCCCCUUCAAAUCACACCUCCUCUCACCCCAAACGAACGCCGCCCAGUAGGCUACUAGUAGUACUACUAUGCACCAAUUCCAUCGCCAGUAGCCACCACUGCAAGUCUUUCACCUUCGCCUAUAUCUCUCCCUCAGUCCCUCCCCCCUCACUCUGCCAUUGCUAGGAGCUUUGCAUUCCUGCUAGCUUCAUCGGCUAGCUGCUUUCUACCCUCCCUGAUCUCCCAUUUUUCUAGGAUAUGAAGAUUUUCAGUUGGGUUGCCAACAAGAUCGGUGGGAAGCAAGAGGCAAAUCGGUUCCCUGCGAAUUCUUCUGCGCCUUACCGUGCUAAUGUGUCGGAUUGUCGCAAAGAUGAAUUCAGCGAUUGGCCCCAAUCAUUGCUUGCCAUUGGGACGUUUGGUAAUAAGCAGAUCGAGGAGGUAGCUCAGGUGCAGAAUCCCUCCGAUAAUGUGCAGCCUGUGCAAGAUACCAUCAAAUUUACGGAGGAAGAAGUAGACAAUAUACGGAAAGAAUUUGAAACGCUACUAGCAAUCAAUGAUCAAGCAGAGGCUCAAGGCUCACAUGAUGAUGACCAAGUAGCUUCACAAAAGCGUGUCGAUGGGGAAGACAGUGAGAAGCAUGGUAGACAGUUGAUCAACAAAAGGAUCAUCAUAAGUAAAUCAAAAGGUUCGUUAGGAAAGAAAGGAAAUACAAUUAAGCCAAGAUCAGUUGCUUCGCUGCUCAAGUUGUUCAUGUGUAAGGGUGGCUUUACCUCUGUAGUUCCAGAACCUAGGAACUCUUUUCCUCAAACAAGAAUGGAGAAGCUGCUCAAGGUAAUACUGCAGAAGAAAAUACACCCGCAGAAUUCUUCGGUGCUAGUAGGUAAGAGGCAUUUGGACUGGAAGCCAGAAGAGAAAGAAAUCAAUGAGUGCCUCGAGGAUGCACUGCGUGAUCUAGAUGAUGAUGAUGAUGACGACGGCGCAAAAUGGGUCAAAACUGAUUCGGAGUAUAUUGUGCUUGAAAUGUAAAGGUGGGUGAAUAUGUUAGUUCUUUCAUGCCAGGUUCCAAAGGUCUUGGCAAAGCUUGGGGGUUGUGGUGUUAUUACGUAAUGAUAUAGAUAUGGGAUAUAGUUAGCAAUGAAGCUAUGAUGUAAUGCUCCUCCAUUAUUUCUGACAUGAAACAUCUGUAAUUUGAACUAUGAUAAGGAAGGAAGUUCUGGGGCAAGGCCUAUUUCAUGUCCACUCUCUUCUGCCCUGAAACUGUAAAGAAUUCAUCCAUUUUUUCCAACUACGGAGUGGUAUC